AUGGAGGAAGAUCCGGCCGUAACGAUGCGUGUAGGACGCGUCGUAGUGCCGUCAACGAGAGCUCGAGAAGCUCUGGAAGGUGCUGACAGCAUCGAUGCCACCGCUGCGACUAGGAGGACGUCAAAAGUAAAGCCAACUGCAGUGAGGAAGGCUGCUAACCAGAUUGAGGAGAGACAGUGCGCUCAAGACGAAAACCAAGCGAUGCUUAGAAAGAUGUGUCAGUACUUGGAGGGCACCUAUCGGGAGGAACAAAACGACAUAAUCAAGGGACUACACGUCAAAGAGGCUGCUCAAAAGUUAAAUAUACCGGGAUGGAGAGUGUUACGAGAUCAGCUCUACCCAGUCAAAAUCGACAAUGCUAACCGGACAGCGAUCCUGGAUAUAGAUGGUAAUGUCCUGCCAGGAGCAGUCGAGGCCCUAGGAAAAGAGAACAAUGUCGACAUCGCCAAGAUAACCUGGCUUAGCAAGAAGGACUCCAAUAAAGCGUAUGGAUCUAUGGUGGUAUAUAUUACCAAAGGAACAGAUGCCAAACGCCUACUAGAAGGCAACUACUUCGACAUAGCAGGAGAAUCUGCAUACACUCGAGCCUUUGAACCACGCACAGGACCAUUUCAAUAUUAUAACUGUCAAGAGAUAGGAUAUAAGGCUUUUGCAUGUAAAAAGACCUAG